GAGGGUUCUUUACCUGCCUUGAAGCAGAUGGCAAAGUCUAUGAUGAUAGAAAAUUUUGCUGGCUAUUGAGUCGGCAAGUAAGUAAUCGUAUAUUAAGUCAAUAUAAUUUCUUUUUAAAAAAAAUUGUAAGCCGAUACGCAGAAUGAUUGCAGAUAGAUCUUUAUUUUAUCUGUCCAACUCAUGUCAAUUUAAUUAAAGGUAUGGACUUAUGCAAGGCUAUACCAAGAGCGACCCAGAUUUCGUCUUCCUCACAUUCUGGAAGCUGCAAAGAAAGGUGAAGUAUAUGCUAUCAUAAUUUUACAAGUUUCAAAAUUGGCAUUUAGGCCUACUAUGAGAACUUUAUCAACUAAUUAUUUAUCUCGACCCCCCCCCCCUCAUCGCCUUUUAAAAAGCAUUCUACUUAAGAAAGAGCAUUGGCUUUUGAAUAAGUUUAAAAAAAUUUUAAAAGCCAUUUUUAAACAAGUUCAUGAUAAAUUUCUUAUUUGACUCAAUCCAGGGAAAAUUAUCUCAUAAGCCAAGCAUAUUUACCUAAUAAAUCCAUUUAGUCUACUCAAUUUUAUUGGAUCCUCAAUUUACUGAUUGUGAAAUAUAUGAUUGGUUUUUUUAUAUUUCUAGAUCAAAAUUUAAAAAGAUUGUUAUCCUGGGAACUAUUGCAUAUAUUUUUCAAUUAUUUUUUCAGUUGCUUGACCUUAAGAAAAUUACAUCUGUUUAUUCUUAAAACAUUAAUUCCCAUAUCAAAAUAAAAAAAAGGUGUGUAUGUGUGUGUGCUUAAAAUAAGCUUUUUUUUAAAAAAAAGUUUAAUAGUGGUUGUUUUCAAUUACAGGGGCUGAUUUUGUAAUGAAACAUGUGAAAGACCCAUCCACCAACAAAUGCUACUUAAACCUGACUCGAGAGGGAAAGCCCCUUAAAAGCCAAAGAACAAUUUUCUCAGAGAGUUUUUAUGUCAUGGCAAUGGCUGAGAUGUAUAGAGUAACCAAGGAAGAUGUUUAUAAGGUAUUCAAGAAAUAAAUAUUUUACCUGCAGAACAAAGAUUUAUCACCACACUCCUCCCCAAACACAAUCCUUUGGCACCACUAAGCUACCUUCUUGACACCUCCAUCUCCGGAAAAACACACCUGCAACGAUUUUUAAAGCAUUUUAGUUUUAAAAUUUAGAGCUUUAAAAGCUGAAAUUUGUUUGUUGCAAAUAAUUUUAGCCCAAAAUCAGUAAAGUUAUGAAUCAAUUAAACUUAUUUAUUGUUUUGAAUUUCAGACUAAAAAAAAAGCUUUGUCUUUUAUUUUUAAAUAUAAUUUAAAUUUAAAAAAAAAAUGUUGAAAUAUAUUUCAGUCAAUAUAAGGAGUACCUUUUCCAUUAAAACUUUCUAGCUAUAAAUAAUUGCUUAAAUAAAUUAUGUAUUUCAAAUUUUUGUUGUCAGAAAGAGGCUAUGACCAUGAUGAAGCAAAUCGUUAAGUGGGUUAAAGUUGAUAGCUCUGGACUUGGCCCGCGUGUGCAGCCCCCCACACCCACAUCAUCGUUAGCUGUUCCCAUGAUCUUCCUGAUGUUGAUUGAUCAGCUGGGUGUCAUGGAUCCGGCACAUCAGGCAGGGUAUAAUGACCUGGCUGACUGGUGCCUGGAGGAUGUGCUGAAGCAUGUUCAGAGGGGAGGGCUGGUGCUGGAGAAUGUAUCAGAGGAUGGCCAGGAGCUGCCCGGUAGUGCUGGAAGGCUGAUUAAUCCAGGUUAGAUUGUGUUAACAAUUCUAACUUGAUGUUAGUAGUUUUCAAAAGCUGUCUUCAUGGCUGUGGUUCAAUGCUUUGCUCCUUAAGUUAAACCCUUUAUUAUUCUAGUGGUUUCUUUAUUCUACAGCAAAAUUAAUUAAUACCAUAAACUAAAUUUUUGCUCUAUUAAAUGCACUUCUUCUUUAUAUCACAGGGAUACCAGAUAGAAUAGCAGAACUUCUGUUGAUUAUUUAUAUUUUUUAAAAUAAUCUUCAUAAAUCUAUGCUGAUAUGGCUAUAUGGUGUUAGAAUAUUUAUUUCCUACAGCCAAUGGCUAAAAGAACUCUCCUUUAAUAAAUAAAAAAAGUAAACAAUGUCCUAGGGUUGAAUUUUUUAUUUCAUAUUAUUUGAUUAUUUGAAAACAGAAAAAUGUAAAGAUGAAGUCUUUGAUUUUAAUACAGAAUGCUUAUUUAUUUUUUUUUUGACUAAAUGAUAAUGCAUGUUUCAAAAUAGGUCAUGCCAUAGAGACGGGCUGGGUCCUACUUGAGAGAGCUGUGAAACAUGGCAAUGAGGACCUCAAGCAAGUUGCAUUGGAAACUUUCAUCACAGAGUCUUUCAACCGUGGAUGGGAUGAUGAGUUUGGUGGCCUUUUUUACUUCAUGGAUGCAGAUGGACGACCCCCUCUGCAGCUAGAGUGGGACAUGAAGGUUGGUACAUUUUAAAACUAAAUUAUAAAGGUAAAACUGCUUAAAUUAACCAUCUAGAUGAAAUCAUGGCCUGUGGUCCAAAGUCAGCCUGACAUCGGCCUUAACCCGGCCUUCCUAGUCACCGUUUGGGCACACGAGUAGCAGUGACAAAUUUGCAAACUGUACAUUGAUCAUCUCAUUUAAAUGUUUGAAACAUAUAGCCCAGCCCCAAGGGGUGACUGAGGAACAGUGAAGAGGUCUCUGUUCAAAUAUGUUUGUGAUGACCCCUGAUCUAGAUAGACAAUAAUUGAAGAACUGCAUUCAAGCUGUGUGAAUGAAGUAGUUUGAUCCAAUACUUUAUUGCCUGAAUGCAUAAUUCUAAAUUCUCACACAGUUUAGUAAACCAUUUUGAACUUUGAGAAUUAACUUGCAGAAUUCAUGCAAAAUUACUAAGCUUCAUUAAGUUAGUCAGGGCUGCCAUUACACAUCACAACUUUUGGCCCCUUAAAUAAAUUAUAUCUGGGUGUAGAUGUUGAGAACAAAAUUUGAUUUAUUUCAGCUCUGGUGGCCCCAUAAUGAGUCAAUGGUAGCCUUUCUGAUGGCUUACAAGUACACUGGAGAGGAGAAAUACCUGCAGCAAUUUGCUAAGGUGUUUGACUACGCCUAUGGUCAUGUAAGUCAUUUUGACACUUUUUUUGUUUUUUUGUUGUUGAAAUAGCUAUGUAUAAAAAUAAGUGGGUAAUAUGCAUUAAUAAAAAUUUAAUAAAUAUCUUUUAAAUUUCACACUGAUGGUAUCAUUUAACUGUGUUUGUUCAGUGUGUCUUAUAUGUUAUAUACAUGGACAACAUAACUCAACAGGGAUCCCCAACUUUUUUGAUCCCAUUACACCUGAAACAGCACCACUAAAAAAAAAAAAGUCAACACAUAAAAUUACAUUGUAAUACAGAUUAUAAAUCAGGCCAAUUUCUUUUAAAUUGUAUUUAUAAGUCUUAGUAUAUUUGGUCAAAUCAAAUUUUUUUUUUUCAAAAAUAAAUACUGAUUGCAGUCAUGUGAUGUUGCUUGUCAUAAAUGGUGAGAUGUCUGUAACUAUGAAGGAUGCUGUGAAGUGUUUAUUGAUAAAUGUGUUCCUGAGAUUGUGUGGGGUGAAAGAUAAUUAUGCAUUUCGGACAAUGGGAAAUACCUGGAUCCUGAGAUCAGAGUGGUCCGACUGAGAUGGCGUAUAUUGUUUUUUUUUUUCAAUGGGAAUUCAGAGACACAAUUUACAAAUCAUUAAUUACAAGAUGGCCCUGAGCUGGGCAAGUAUAAUGCUGCUACUGAACUUCCAUUCAGACAUGUGUCUUCUUUUAAGAAGGGGAUGUGGGACUGGAUGUUGAUUUCCCCCAAAAUGCUCUCAAAGAUUCUUAUAUUGAGAACUUCCCACCCAGGGAGAACCAGUUUUAAAAUAAUUGAACAAGAUUUUUAAAAUCAUUUUUUUAUUGUAAAAAAAGCACGCAAUGUCAAAAUAUUGUGAACAAAUUCUCUUUCAAUUUUUUAAUCUUUAGGUGUUAAAGGAGAUUCAAUUCAAAUUUAAGGUGUUUUUAAACAAAUAUUAACUACCGAUAAAAAUUUAGUAAAAUUAUUGUAUUUUUUAUAUAUGUCUUUUCCAGUUUGUGGACUUUAAAAAUGGUGAAUGG